UUUAAAUGUUGUUUAUUACCAGGAUUAAAUAUGAUUUUAUUAUAAAGCCACUACAAGUCACCGCUGAAGCUUUAACUAAUACAAGUUUAUAAAUGAAGUGAAAUAAAGCUGAAUUGAUUGCCGCAAUAAGUAUUUAUAAGUACAAAUUAUUUGCAAGGAAGCGUGAUUAAAGGGAAUCGAUAUUCCUUAAACAUAACAUUUGCUAGUUUGAUACGUCAAACGCCACAAAAAAGACUAAAAUGCUUUUGCAUCGACUGCACACAGUGAUUUGGUUACUUAGCGGAGUCAUUGGACUUUAUGCAUAUCCAACCAUAAAUUUACCACUUUUAUUCGGCCCUUCUGUACAUGGUGAGAAUACAUACAGAUUCAAAAAGAGUGGCUUAGAGAUUCAUUCCGACACCGAUGUUGUUGAAUUGGAGAAUUUAAAAGGGCAUUAUGACAAUGAAAAUGCAGAAGUUACAGAGCAAAAACCAACAUACCCAGAUCAAACCUUCGAGCCAUACAACGUCGAUAAAACCGUUAAUGCUGAGCCACUAAGUGAGUCGCAAGAAUUGGAGCAUCAAUUAGAACAAAUGCCUGCGAUUACUACGAAACUGGAGAAAAGCACAACAACGGAGUUACCGCUAGUUCCGGUAGUUCCUGAUACUCGAGGUGAGCAGCAAUCACCGGUUGAGGGUAGCGGAAUGCAUCGUCCACCCACCCUACAACAUGACAAUGGCGGCAAAGCUCUAGCAGAGGCUGGCGGCUCCACUUCAGGUCAACAGCAAACUGCAGAAAGUGGUACCGCUAUAACCGCUGGUGGCAAUCCGCCUGCACCGUCUGCCAUUAAGCCUUUUUAUGGUGCCGCACGGUUGGCAUUUGGUCAAAAUCCGGAAGUGCUUCCAACCACCACAACUACAUCUACAAAAAUGACAACGUCCGCCACUUCUACUUCCACUAGUACUACAACAACAACGACAACCACUGAAGCACCCAUCCAAAGCAACAGCGAUGGCAAAAGUACAACUGCUGUUGAAUCAGACACACUUCCGGUCGACGUCGAAACUGUCGGUUUGAAUGGGAAAGAAAUUAUGGGAACGAAUCCGUCCGCUAAGUUAACUGAACAAAUCAAAUCAACAGCCCAACGUCGCUCGGUGACCUUAAUGCCACCACAACAGACUGUCGGAGAUCUUCUCAAGCGUCACAAUGGACAAAUAUCACCACUGGACAUGGCACAGUACGUGUUUUGGACUGGGGAUGAGGCGGGUGUUGCACGCGCCGUUGAAGAGCUUAUCGAUCGAGGAGUGAUUUCGCGCGAAAACGCGUUGGCAUUUCUACGAGAGGUACGUGUUGGCAUUGAGUACCUACAACAAUCUUAUACAAAUCGUAUCUUCCCCGAAGCUGGUUUGAAUAUCAACAUAGACAAGAAAAUGUUCGAUUUUCCGCAAACUAAACCGAUAGCACCAACAACUGUCUUGCCAAUAAAUGAGAAGCCUUUGCUUCCUUAUUUACGACUGGAUCGUCUUUUGCACGCUAGCAAUAAGAAUCCAACGAAAUCGGUGGAAAAUAUAUCAGUUUGGCAUAAAUUGCAAGCGCUAAACAAUGACGGUAAUCAAGACUUAAACGAUUAUGACGAGACCGGCGAAAGAACUAAAAUAUCGCAAUUUCUGUACAAUGAAUACACUUUGGAAGAUAUUUUGUAUAAAUUGGCAAAGAUUAUGUUCGCACAAUCUUUGUCUCAUGGCUCCGAUGAAGCACAGCACGAGCUACAGAAAUUAACCGAGUUUUUGGAGCGUGAAGGAAGUCUUGGUGUUAUACCAAUUGAUUUGCAGAAAAAAGUUUUACACAUUUUAUUCCGCGCACUUUCCGACACUUUGGCCGAACGUCCUGAAUUGUUGUCUGCUGCUAAUGUCAAUCUUGCAAAUCCCUACAAUCGUCUUCCUAUGCGCAUUUUAGAGCCAUAAAAUGGUUGAAGGAACAAGUGAUUCCUGCAUAAUUGCAAAACUUACAUAUUUUAUUUAUUUAUUUUCUUAACAUAAGUGUUAUGAAGACUACCAAAUGUCAAGACAUCUGCUUAGUCGGCACCCAAAUAUAUCUAUAUACAAUUUUCUUGUAUUCGAGCAAAAUGCGAAUUUGUUCAUGAAUUGUGCUUUAAAUUCAAUGAAAAAUAAUUUUUGCCACAAGUCGUAUUUAUUUACUUUUUGCUAGUAGCAUGAAUGAGUUGUAUGUAUUUUGAACACUGCAUAGCAGCAUAACCGAAUUUAUCUAUUUAUUAGAAAAAAAGAUGAUAUUGUAAUAAAUAAAAUGCAUCAUUAUAAAUACAGAUGUGCCAGUAAGGGGAUAACCGCAAGUAAAAAUAAAAAUAUUGUAUUUAAGCACAUCACAGUAUUGUAAAAAUUUAUUGGCCGCGCAUGUAAAAAUGAUAUUUUGUAGUAUUCCUAAAAUUGAUGCUAUGAAUACGUACAUGCAUACUAACACAUACAAAAUUGUAGCGCAUACAUUGAUUUAAAAUCAAUUUAUAACAAAAAUAAUUAUUGCGAAAUUUUAUAGUAAAAAGUAGAAAUGCUAGUACAUAUUUUGUUUACCUCUUGUUUGUUAGUUAAACAUAAUAAUUAUGCAGAAAUACAGCAGAGAACUUCUGAAAUAUAGAACGUGCUCUCCUAGUCCCUUCCUACGCCAAAAUUCAUGACAGGCUCCACGACAGUCUCGUUUACGUUAGCGGAACGACCUGGAUUUAUAUCCGGCCGUGAACUUCAGCAACAUUCUUUAAAAAUUUGUGAGGAAUGUUUGUUUUGCUUUUACAACAAAAAAGGAAUUCACCACACAAAAAAUUAAUUAGUUCCAAUUUUAUUUAUUAUGUAGGUACAUAUGUGUAUAAGUGUGUAUUAUGAAUUGGACAUUACGCUUACAAAUAACAAUACUGAAAGUCGAUAAAGGAAAAAUAUAUAUUCUAUAGAUAUCAAUAAUGCAAAUUGAUGAUUUUAAAUAGAUAAGCUGAGCUGAGUUAUAUAAUUUAAGUAAGUUGAUUAUGUACAACAUUAUUUGAAGUAUUUGUUUUAUUUGAUAAAACAUUACAUAAAUAU